AACAAGCAAGCGUCUCACUCUGCACAUCGUCCGGAGGAAAGAAGAGUGGACGUGGAAAAUCACGCAUCGAAAGAGCCGCGCUCUUUUCGAAUGAGCUGAAUUGUCUUGAAGGAUUUGUGUCUUCGGCUCUCCUGCUGACGCGCACUCACCACGCAUGCAUGCGCGCUUCACUGCACUUAGAAUCGACUCGCAAAUGUGCAGCCUGAUAUUGUGCUGCGUUUACGGAACUUGACAUCUUGUGUGAAAUGUCCAACUCUUGUGCUUUUUUUGGGGGGGGGGGACUUUUUUUCUCUCCUGAAAAGAGUCAGCCCGCUGCGCGUGAGAAAUGGUGUGUCGACUUCGUGGGCGGUUUGCUGCGUGUGUGCACCUGUGCGGGUCGACGCCACAGGUGAAUGAAUGAACGAACGAGCGGAUCGAAGUGCGUGUCGUUUCUCUCGCUGGCUUCGAACACGUUUUACCACCGCGCCGUGACGAUGGACCUCAAGGUGGAACGGGAGGAAAUGGACACCGACCACCCUCCGUCGAUUGCAGUUUUCGCACACAGGUCGACCCUGCACGGCAUCUCGCACAUUUUCACCUACGAGCGUUUCUGCUUCAGACGCUGCCUAUGGCUCGUCUUCUUCUUCGCCUCUCUAGCCGUGCUGAUUUUCGUGUGCGUGGACCGGAUCCAUUUCUACCUGGAGUAUCCGCACGUCACCAAACUGGAUGAGGUCGCCACCCCGAUCAUGACGUUCCCCGCGGUCACUUUUUGCAACCUGAACGCCUUCCGCUUCAGUCGAGUGUCACGCAACGACUUGUAUCACGCAGGGGAGCUGCUGGCGCUACUUAACCACAGGUAUGAGAUCCGAGACGUGCAUCUCGUGGAGGAGAGCGUUUUGGAGAGCCUGAAGGUCAAAGCUGACUUCCACAACUUCAAGCCGCGACCUUUCAACAUGUUGGAAUUCUACGACCGCACCGGCCACGACAUCAAUGACAUGCUGCUCUCUUGUCACUUCCACGGCACCGAGUGCAGAGCGGAGGACUUCAAAGUGGUCUUCACUCGUUAUGGCAAAUGUUAUACCUUUAAUGCCAGGGGUAAUGAUCGCCCUCCCCUCAUAACCACCAAGGGCGGAAUGGGUAACGGACUGGAGCUCAUGUUGGACAUCCAGCAGGAUGAAUACCUGCCUGUCUGGGGAGAAACCGAUGAGACAUCAUUUGAAGCCGGGGUCAAAGUGCAGAUCCACAGUCAAGAUGAACCUUCUUUCAUCGAUCAGCUCGGUUUCGGAGUGGCUCCUGGAUUCCAAACUUUUGUCUCUUGUCAGGAACAGAGGCUGAUAUAUCUUCCACCACCUUGGGGUGACUGCAAGGUGACACCCAUGGAUUCAGACUUCUUUGAUACUUACAGCAUUACAGCCUGUCGUAUUGACUGUGAAACACGCUACCUAGUGGACAACUGCAACUGCCGCAUGGUGCACAUGCCAGGCGAUGCACCCUACUGCACUCCGGAGCUCUACAAAGAAUGUGCUGAUCCCGCUCUUGAUUUCCUGGUGCAGAGAGACAAUGAUUUCUGUCUAUGUGAAACACCAUGCAACAUGACCAGAUACAGCAAAGAACUGUCCUUUGUAAAAAUCCCCAGCAAGGCCUCUGCUAAAUAUCUUGCAAAGAAAUACAACAAAUCUGAGCAGUACAUUAAGGAAAACCUCCUGGUUUUGGACAUCUUUUUUGAGGCUCUCAACUAUGAAACUAUUGAACAGAAGAAGGCAUAUGAAGUGGCUGGACUAUUAGGUGAUAUUGGUGGACAAAUGGGACUUUUUAUUGGUGCGAGCAUACUCACCAUUCUGGAGCUAUUUGACUAUCUCUAUGAGGUGAUAAAGUACAAGCUGUGUCGCUGCUCUGAUAAAAAGCACAAACACAAUAACAAUGAUCAGGGUACUGUACUGAGCCUUGAUGAUGUCAAGUGUCACGUCAGUAACUUUCAUUAGUUGCCCAGAAUCUCAGAGAGUCUCCACGGACUUUGUUCAGUGCUAUAAGCCAACAGGUAAAGUGUCUCAACUGUGUCUGAACUUUGACGGAAGUCAAGAAAAAGACACUCAGAUGGCAGGACUGCAGUGACUGUGCCGUGUGGCAAUUUCUCAUAAGGCUCUUUGACACAUACAGCAGCAACAAAGAUCAUAAAACAUAGGCAUGAACAAAACUGAAAUUCCGAUGUGUUCGGUUUGUCUGCAUAAAAAGAUGUUGGUUUUUCGGAAAUGUAAAAAAAAUAUUAUCAAUGGUUUUUACAUCAUAUAUUUGAUGACUUGCAUGUAAGUUUUAUCGACUUUUUAACAACUUCCCAUUUUUAUUUUCAUGCCAUCCAAGACCAGAUUUGGACAGUCUUUCCCAUGUUGAGACUCCUGAAAACAUAUUGACAUUAUACAGUAUUCUACCUCAUUGUGCAAGGAGAUAGCAAGUACAAGUAACUGAGGUGAGGAAAACAGACACAAUUUCAAGUAUUGUAUUGAAAUGGAAAGAAUGGGCAGAGGAAAAUCCAACAUUGGCAUCAUCAAGAUUUGUAGUGCAGCAAUUGUAAAUAUUCGCAGGGGUACUUCAGAGUAUGAAAAUGCUCUAAUGCUAUUGCUGAAACCUAUGGUUUACAUGUAAUGGCACUUCAAAUAUCUGUGGUAAAUGGGAAUAAAUGCCAAGAACCACUACUAAUACAAUAUUUGCUGUUUAAUUUUCCUUAUUAGUCGCUGUUUAGAACAAGUGACAACUUUGACUGCAGAUGUUGUUUGUCUAUCUUUUGAGAACUGAUGUCUUUACAUGACAAUAAAUUGUUGAAUGUCUCAUCAUCUAGGGCUCAAGUCGCAUGUAGCACUGUGCUGCCGUCUAAAAUGCCAUUUAUCAAUGAACAUUUAACCUGCAGAUGAGGUUGUAUACUGAUAGCAUCUAUGUAUGUUUAUGGUUGUGCAAUGCUAGUGCCAAAGGCUGACGCUGAUAUCGGAAGAGUUGUUUCCAGCAGUGCCUGUUUGAAAGUUUGUCUCUUGCAACUUUCUGUGAUAUACUAUUUAUACUGUUUGUUUUCUGUCAUUCCUAUUGAGCUCAAUGUUAAGGUCCAACAACAAUACCAUCAGCUGACAUUAAAACAAAAAUAAAAAACAUGUAACUACUGCUGUUAUUACAAAUAAUAACCGCAAUAUUUUAUCAUAGUCUAAAUUGUAUACUGUACUAGACUUGCUAUGCGUCGCUGUUUUCUGUCUGAUGGCAUCAGUAAAGAAUAUGAAUAUUAAGCUUUACUUUUUAGUUUUGUGGCUACGGUCAGAGCUUCUUAUUGUAUCAAGUAACUACCCAGAUAUAUUGUCUUUUGCAGUGUCUGCUGCAUGAAAUCCGAAACAUUGUCGCUCUACGAAGAAAAGCAUUAAUCUCCCCAACAAAAUGUAUUCUAUAAAAUGUAUUUUUGCGUCUUUCACACAAUUUUGUUUGCUUAAAAUACUGUACAUAACUCACACAACUUGGAGAUAAUACUAUUAUUGGACAGGGUGAGGUUUUCUUUGUCAGGGCUUUCCUUUUGUUUUUAGGAUGACAUUCUGUUGUGUUUAUACACAUAAAUUAUGGAAUUGAAGGAAAUGUUUCAUUAAAGU